UUACAAUGACCUCUGUACUAACAAUAAGGGGAUCUGCCAAACCACAAUUAGUGAUUAGGCUUUUCAGUUUGCAGAAAAUAUUGUGAGCGAAUUUGUUAUGUCUGCCUGAACAAGUGAGGAGGGCUGCCUUGAUCAGGCAUAUUUUGUGUGUGGCUCUAGGGAACUUUGCUGUCCUCUGUUGGAUUCAGAAUUUGGGGCUGGAUGGAAGUAUGAUUGGACCUGGCCAUACGGUUCUUGGGAAUAACACUAAAGGGUUGAUCUGGUUUUGGGGUAAUAAAACUUGUGUCCAUUGUGUGCAGCAGUGCAUUUCUGAAAGGCAUGACAUUCCCUGCGGGCAAAUUAGCGGUUACAGGAAAGAACAGUGAAUGUGAAGUGUGGCUGCCUUUUUGAGGCAGAUGUCUUGAGCUAGCUCAGGUAUGAUUGAUGCUGUUCGGGGUCAAUUUCGGUGGUAGCUGUACAGGACACACCUGAAGAAACCACGAAGCCCAGAAGAACUGGACUGUGCGACUUGACUCCAGUUUUCUGUGCCAUGUCCUUCAACUUGCAGCUUGGGAAACAGAACUUUGCACUGGGCCUCUGUGUAGUUUUCCUCAUCAGCCUCACUCUUUCGCUGUUACAGAGAGCAGCCAGAGAGAAGACUACAUUACAACAGUUAGGAAAAUGCCGGGAAUUUCAAUUAUGGGAUUUCUCUCAAAGUGCUCAGUUUAACAGAACAGCCAGUGAUGAGGAGCAGCUUCGUGUGAUCCAAACAUGGAAUUUCAAAAAAGAGGAUAAGAAGAUUCUGGAGCAUCUGCUGCUUACUCAGACAUGCCAUUGGGAACCCAAUGCAGCAGUGCUGGCCCAAUACAGGGCAGAGCUGGGGCAAUGUUGUAAUGCUUCCUUCCAGCUAGUCCUCACUAAGGAAAACACACCGCUGGGAUCAAACAUCAGCUUUGACGGGCAUAAAGACAAGAAGAUGCUGGUGAAUGCUGAGCUGGUGGACUUGUUGCCAGAGAGAUCACCCUUCCCAGACUCCCAGUAUGGGCACUGUGCAAUGGUAGGCAAUGGUGGGAUCCUGCGAAACAGCCAGUGUGGUCAGGAGAUCGACCAGGCAGAUCUUGUAGUCAGGUUCAAUCUGCCUCCCAUGAAUUUCUCUGAAGAUGUGGGAACCAAGGCAAGCCUGGUAACCUUAAAUCCCAGCAUCCUUCAUGCCAAAUUCCAAAAACUUGAAGACCGGCGGAAGCCUUUUGCAGAUGCUUUGCGCCCUUACAGGGAUGCCCUCUUCCUCAUCCCCGCCUUCUCCUUCAUAGGAAACCAUGAUGUCAGCUACCGUGCUCUGUAUACCAUGGAGGACUUUGGUUUGGCUCAGCAAGCUGUCUUCCUGAACCCAAAUUACCUGGCCCACAUGGGUAACUACUGGAGGACGAAGGGUUUACGGCCAUACCGUCUCUCGUCUGGCUUCAUGUUUGUCAAUGUCGCUUUGGAGCUCUGUAAGCACAUUACCCUUUAUGGAUUCUGGCCCUUUCAGCAUGACCUUGCCAACCAGCGCAUCCUCCACCACUACUAGGAUAACACUCUGCCUAAGCGCGGUGUGCAUGCCAUGCCGAGCGAGUUUUCACAAUACCUAAGGAUGUACUCCCAGGGAGUGCUGCGCUUACGUCUUGGC